CUAGAAACCGAGAGCACAAUGAUGAUUUUUAUAACGGUUUUAAUGCUCAAUGUGUGGGCUAUAUCGGCAGAUGAUGUACUUUCACCAAACAUAAACAUCAUUGAAGACCAGGGGAAAAUAAAGAGCAUUGAAACAGUAAUGGAAUCUCUGGAGACUGAAAUGGAGCAACUAAGAACAGAAAACAAAGAACUGACCGCCACCGUUACAGAGCAGAAAGGAAACAUCAGAGAACUGAGGGAUGAGAUGAACAAGAAAAAUGAAGAAAUUUCAAAUCUUUCAAGUCAAGUGGAGGAGUUGAGAAAGGAAAAUAGAGGUGAAAGUGUGCUUGAAUGAUGUUAAAUUCAGUCUAUACAUUCUCAGUGUAAUACAGUAAUAUAUCACAAUAUAUUUUUCAAUAACAGGCAGAGAAAUAGCUUUUUCAGCGUCACUGGUCGAUAAAUAUAUUGGUCCUUUUAGCACU